AUGUCUAGGUCUAUUCUCUUAGAUGCUGAAGAACUUAUCCAUGAGAAUGCCCGUAGCUUCUCAUACACGAUCAAGGCCUUCUCUUUGAUAAGGGAACCUAUUGUGGUGCUUCCUGUAACUAGGAGCAUUGCAUCAAUGGGUGUUGAUUUUAUCCCUCCAGUAAUUAGUCGUAAUGCUUGGUUGUGUGCCUUCUCGAGUGGUUUGAGAGUCACCUCUGUGGCUGUAAUGAGUGGCUCACAGCAAUACAACAUUAUUGGCUGA